AUGGAGAUUCUACUGAUGAUUUUUGUUAGUUGGAUGUAUUUAUCAGUAAAUUCUCAAUAUGUGCGAAAAUAUCAUCCUAUAAAAUGGGAGAAUUGUCCAAUCAAUGCAUCAAUCCAAGCAGAUAUAAAUGCUCCAGAUGUAUUCAUGAAAUCAAUAAAUUUCUCCGGUGUGUUUCAUAUUCGUGAAGACAUCAUUGGAGCUAUCACAUUUACAAUAGAUAGUAAUAAAUGUUCACUGGAUAUGAGAAAGUGCGAAAAAUUUUUUGAUUCUCUUUCCCUCAAUAGUUUUCCUUUAAAGAGUUUUGUCGACGUGUUAAGGAAAAACAUAUGUUUUAUUCUAUUUAUCGAGCCACCAUUUGUAUGCCCUUUUAAGCCUGGAGAUUACACUUUAAAACCUACAAUAUUGGAUUUGUCAAUAACUGAUACAUUUCGCUUAGAAGGUUUUUUUUGGGUUGUGAACUUUAAGCUUAUUGCAGUUAGCAACAAAGGCAAAACUAAGAAAAGAAUAAAUUGGAACGAAAUGCAAAAAAUUCAAAAUAGUCUAAUAGAAAACAAAAAACUGAGAGAAGUAACGAAAAAUAUUAUCGCUGAUUAUGACCAAAUCGAGAGAAAUCAGAAAGAAUUCAAACGAUUUUGUCGUCAACAAGAAGAGAGGAUUAACGAUCUUGUAAGUAUUCUUAAAACAAAGGAGAACCUAUCCAAACAUGUCGGAAAAACUCAAGAAUUUACUACGAUUGAAACUGAAAAUUCCACUCUUAGAAAGAAAAUUGAAAAGUUUCAAGAGAAAGAAAAUGAAAUUGAGACUGAAGAUGAUGAAAAUCAAAUAGGAAAACUACAGAAAGAGUUUGGAAUUGUAAAAAAGAAAUACGACAUUGAACGACGAUUAUGUGCUCUUCGAUUGGACGAAAUUGAAAAGUUAAAAGCUGAUGUCGCUUUCUUAAGUGAAGCUUACAAAAAGAAGAUGGUCGAGUCAGAAACUCUGAGAGUAAAAUAUAAAAAGUUGAAGACAGUGUUUCAUGAACAAAACAACAAAUUUAUUGAAAUGCGUGAAAAAUGUAACUGUGAAAGUGUUUCUGAAAAUUCAAAUCCCGAAAAUUAG